AUGUCUUCCACCUCUACCCACACUCCCAACUUUGCCAAGCUCAAUGACUCCAAUCACCCUACUUGGAGCGGUGAAAUGGCUGCAUGGUUGUGCUCUGCAAACCUUUGGAGACUUGUCAAUGGCAAGCUUCCACAGCCAAAGCUCUCUGGAUCACCUACAGCAGCUGAGCAAACCAAGCUAGACACUUGGGAGGCCAAUGCAGAGAAAGCAGCUGGUCAAAUCUAUUUGAUGGUGGAACCAGAUCAGCGCACUCACUUUGCUGGUGUGGUGGAUGACCCUAUCAAAAUGUGGGAACAGCUUGCAGCUGUUCAUCUGCAGAAGAAACCUGGAGCGCAUUUCAAUGCUUAUAAUGAUGUCUUCUCCAUCAGAAAGCAACCAGAGGAAUCACUUCAAGGGCUUGUCAAUAAGGUCAAUGCUGCCAUGCAGCGCGUUAAAGACCUUCGCCCUAAUGACUUUGAUCUGACAAAGCUGGAUGAAGAGUUAACCUCCAUCAGCCCAUUCAGUCAUGUUUGUGAACUGGACUCCCAUUUACCCUGA